AUGUCAGAGACUUUUCUAAUCGAAGUUCCAACUUUUUCUGAACCGUGGGACACUGCGAAUUUAGUUGAUUGGAUCAAUUCAAGAACAGAACCAGUUAAGUCUUUACUGGAGGCAGUUGACAUUGAGAUCAAAGAAGAACAGAGUUUUCUGGACAAGACGAAGGAUGAAAUUGAGCGGACCAAGAAUGAUGAAAGCUGUUUGGACGAGUGUGUUCAGUCUUGCGUUGAACUUCGUGAACGUUUGAAAAUGGUAGUUGACGCUCAUGCUAAAGAACAACUCGUGAAGGAAUUUGAUGCGAUAGCUGUUUAUGAUAAAGCUGAUGGACGGGCUGCAGAUCUUAUCAAGAUUUUAAUGGCGCGUAGAGCAUGGAAAGAAAAUGCACUUGUUAUUGAAAAUUUAAAUGGAAGUGAACCAGCACCAGAAAACGUUGUCUUUGGUUUACAGAAAGCAUACGAGUGUUUAUCACAAUUCAGAGAUAUCCCAGAACAAGCAAAGUUUCUUGAAAAAGCCAAAGAUAUUUUUCUAAGUUGGUAUUCCACCCGUGUUGUAUUGGCAAUACAGUCGGAAAAUCCAGUUGAUGGACUUUUAUCAGUCAAGGAAAAGUACAAAAUGUUACAGAGAAAUGAAGAUUUUGAUAGCGUUAUAAAACAUUACGUAAGAGGCGAGAAUAAAGUUGAAUUUCACGUGGUUGAUAAUUUGUCCAAUUUGUUUUUGGACACACGUGUUGCUAUUAUUUCAAGUUAUAGUCGAUUACUUGAUGGAUGGGCAGAAAAAGUUCUUGAUUCUCCGAAUGCUUUCUUGUCAAAUGCACUUAGCGAAAGUAUUUUGAUCCAGAAAGCCGAAAUUAAAAGUGCUUGUACAAAUACGAUCGGUAAAACUUUGGAGCAUGAUUCUUCUGGCUCCCAAACAUUGAAGAUGAUCUUUGAAUUCAGAUCGGUUAUGUCGCAAUAUGCAUCACAUUCAACUGAUGAUGAAUACAUAACAGAAUGUAUUGUGCAGUUUGGCGAACUUUUGUUAUCGUGUGUGACCGAUGAAUACACGAAAUUGGCAACAUCAUUUUUGGCUAAUUGUUCUAAUAUAGCAAUGUCUUCUUCUUCAUCGGAUCCCUCUCAAACUCCGGCCAGCUUGGAGCAGCUGUCGAAUAGCUUUUCUCAGCUUAUUCAGGAAAGCUGUUAUUUGAUUCAGAUGGUUAAGGGAACAUUCAACAAUAUUGCUGUAAUUUUUCUAAUUCCUGCAUAUAGAGUCAUGUAUGAAAAUGUAGUAUCAGUACUAACAAAAUUUUACAAAACGCAUAUGGAUGGAAAUAAUGUAAAAGAAGAAGAUAUUCUGCGUUUAGUUAGCACGACAGGGCAACUAUUGAACUGGAUUGAAAACGAUAAGCAGCAAUUGAAGGAUAUGUUGGAACAGUUGGGAAUUGUUGAUAAAGAUAUUGUUAUUAACAGAUUAUCACAAAAAUUAUGCAGCGAAAUUUCAAACUUCCGAAGCAAAUUGUCCUCUAAAGUCGAAGGUGAUAUUAGUUUGGCAAAAGCAAGGUCAGAAAUUCGUAAAAUGAAUAAAAGAUUUAUUGUUCGCGCUGUUGAAGUUCUUUCUCGUACUUUGAUUACUGAUAUGGAAAAUGGCCUUCGAAGUAUUGUAUCAGGUGAUGAUAAAAAAAGUACUGAGAUAUCUGAAAGCAUGAAAGUACUACCAUUCGGUACUUCACCCAACGAAUUUGUUACAGCGGCAGGUGUAUCACUUCUUUCACUAGCUCACCAAUUGUCUGCUUAUGCGCAGGAUAGCUGUAUGGCUUCGGCUAUUACGUUUGCUUCAAAAAUGGAUGCUGUUGAUGAUAUUCCAUCCUGGUGGAUUGGUAAAUGUGCAGCUGCUGUGCAAGAAUGUUUCGUAGAUACAGUUGGUGAUAUCAAUGCUCACUCAAGUUCUGUGUGUCGACAACUUUCGAUUGAUUACACUUAUUUGGCGGACGUAUUCGAAGAUUUGGGAACGAAGAAGAUAUCGGAUUUUGUCGAGAUGAGACAAACUUUUGUUGAUUGUGGAUAUCUUGAAUGCACAAAACAGUAA